GAGCCAUGUCGUUGAGCCCCAAGCACACGACGCCCUUCUCCGUGUCCGACAUCCUAAGCCCCAUCGAGGAGAGCUACAAGAAGUUCGGCGGCGCCAUGGACGGCGCGCCGCCCAACCUGGGCUCCCCCCUGGGGGCGGCGGCGGCGGCGGCCGCAGCUUACCGGCAGCAGCCCGCGGGUUCCUCCUCGCAGGCGGCGGCGGCGGCGGCGGCGGCGGCGGCCGCCGCGGCAGGAAUGCAACCGCCGCCUCCCCACGCCAUGGCGGGCCACAACGCGGCCGCGGCGGCAGCGGCGGCAGCGGCCGCGGCCGCGGCCGCCGCUACCUACCACAUGCCUCCAGGCGUCUCCCAGUUCCCCCACGGAGCCAUGGGUGGCUACUGCAACGGGGGGAUCGGCAACAUGGGAGACAUCCCCGCCUAUCCGGACGGCAUGAGGGGCAGUGCAGCGGCCGCCGCAGCCACCGGUUGGUACGGGGCCAACCCGGACCCCCGCUACUCCACAAUCUCCAGGUUCAUGGGGCCGUCCACCGGCAUGAACAUGACGGGAAUGGGGACGCUGACGGGGAUCGCCGAGGCCGCCAAAUCCAUGGCCCCGCUGCACGCGGCUCCAAGAAGGAAAAGGCGAGUACUCUUCUCGCAGGCGCAAGUCUACGAGCUGGAAAGAAGGUUCAAACAGCAGAAGUACCUCUCAGCCCCGGAGCGGGAGCAUCUGGCCAGCAUGAUUCACCUCACGCCCACACAAGUUAAGAUCUGGUUCCAAAACCACCGGUACAAAAUGAAAAGGCAGGCGAAGGACAAAGUCACGCAGCAGCUGCAGCAGGAGAACAGCUUGUGCCAGCAGCAGUCACCGCGGCGAGUGGCCGUGCCCGUGCUGGUGAAGGACGGGAAACCGUGCCAGAACACUUCCAAUACCCCGACGCCCAGCCAGCCCGGGCCGCAGCCGCCGGCGCCCGGCGGGGCCAACGGUGUGCUUCCCUCAUCCAACAGCGCUGUCCAUCAGCACCAGAACCCACAAGUUAACUCCUUAACCCAGGCACCCGACCUGGAAGAGAUGUCCCCCAGCCCGCCUUCUCUUCACAACCAAGUCACCAACCUGGCUCAGAUGGACGCGACCACUGUCGAUUACAAUAGUGGCAUGGUCAACCCGAACCUGCUCUAUGGCAGGACAUGGUAAUACGGUGGAUUUGCCUUGGGUUGUGUUUCUACCUAGUCCAUCAACAGGAUUCACCUGUUGAUUCGCUUGCCUACCCACCUUUUCUUGGAGUGUAUUCCUACUUAUCUCUCCUUUCACCUUCCUUCUUUCCCCCCCCAGAAUGAAGUGCAACAAACUGCGUGAAACAAUUGAAAACCAAGCAGCAACUAUCGUUUUGAACUUCCUUGGACAAAUAAAUGUAUAUGCUGAUAAACGAUCAAACAAACAAACAAAAAAAAAAAAUGCCGAGACCUCGCUUCUGAAAACAAAAACAAAAACAAAAACCCUUUUAAAAUAGGUAUAAAAAGGGACCAAAUAAUCAUUGUAAUAGUAUGCCAUGGUCUUUAAGUUAGUUUCUUUUUAUUGUGAAUUACCAUUACAAAUUUGAGGUGAUUAAUCACAUUUGAUUGACUGGAUUGACUACUGCAAUGCGAACGAGACACUUAACUGAAUUUUAGUUUAGUUUGAAAUCGUGUUGGUUGUUAUAUAUCUAUAAAUUUAACUGAGUUUUAACAAUAAACCUUCUGAAGUGCAACUUAUCUCAGAAAAAUUAAUUUUAUAAGGGUCCCCCUUAAGUGCAAUUUCAUUAUUAUUUGAUUUAAAAUAAAUUGAAUUGUAAUUCAGGGUGGACAAGGCACGUAGCAAUGAUAUCUGAGAGGACUCCUUAACUGUUUAAUAGAAAAGAGGAAAAAAUAAACAACUAGGUCAUCAAAACACCGCUUAUAUCCGUUAAAGAUCUUUGUACCAAAUAAGUUUUAGAUUUUUAAUGCUUUGCUAUUUAUUCACUGCUAUUAUUUAGUGAAUUCCCAUAUAUGUCCCAUUUUAUUAUGGGGUAAAACACUAUUAAAGAAAUUCUCAAAACUACCUUUUUAAUAUGAUCUCAUUGUUUAAAAAUCAGGCAAGUUUUUUUUUUUUUUUUUAAGAUCUACAUUUCAAUUAAUAUAUUCGUCCUUUAAACAUCUGGCUUGUAGAUUCAGUACCUUGAUAGGUAUCAUUAUUUCUAAAUUCUGCUAGUCAUAUAAAAAUGGUAUAAUUGACAAGAGCUAAUAUGUUAAUCAAGUCAAGACUAAAGUGAAAAAAUUAGGAUAAACAAGAUGUGUUAUCAAAAUUAUUCUAAUAGCAUUUUCACAAGCACAUUAAUUGGAAGGAGUUGCUUCAAAAUUUUGUUUCUUUUGUAAUCAUUGUAUCUCCCCUUUAAUACACAAAUUUCUACUUUUCCCCCCUCAAAUUUAUCUUUAGGUAUAACUUUAAAAAAAACCCAAAAACUUGAAUACUUUUUCCCCAAAAAAAUUAAGUGGUUACUUCUGUUUGAUUAAGUUUUAUAGGGUGGUGUGUUUUGUUUUUGUUUUUGUUUUUUUACACUAUUUGCAUGAUGUUUGCUACAAACCUCAAUUUACACAAAAAUUUAAAUAAGUCAUUUCUGGAGUAAACAUAUUCAAAGAAAGUCAAAGAAAGUGUGUUAUUUAAUAAUGAAAAAUAAAAUCAGUAUCACUAACAAAGUGUGAUCUAUAAAUUACAUAAAUUACCAAGGAUAUCCCUAAGUUUUUGUUUUUGUUUUUUUGUUUUUUGUUUUUUGAUUAUUUGAGCUUUCAGGAUGACAUUUUGGGACUUAGGAGUUUGGUUGACAGUUCUUUUGUUCAUGUGCUCUUGAUCACAGAAAACAAUCUCUUUGGAAAUUGGUUAAGAAGAUAAAUUCUUCCUUUCUCCAGGUUGCAAAAGGGGGUUCUUUAUAAGAAAAGUUUCAAAUAAAUUUUAGUCUUAUUUGAGAGGAAAGAAGACCCCUUUUGACAGAAUAGUUAGAUUAACCAUGGCAAACUGCAGGAUCUACAACACUGUAAUUUCAGUCAAUAAGCUUCAAAAUUUUUAAUGAAAUUUUAUGCAUUACAAAGAUUGAUUUGGGGACAGAACAAAAAAAAAAAAUUGUGAAUCACAGCUCCUUGUAGAACAUUUACACUUUUGUUUAGUGAGUAUAAAUAGGAUUAGCUAAGGAAAUGUGUGCCAAAAGAGCAUUACUUCUAAUUACUUUUCUGUAUUUAGAUGUGGUUUUUUGUGUGUAACACAAGUCUCUUGCAAUUGUGUCAUAAUUUUGAAUAUGUAUCUCUAGAUUUGACCAUACUAUAAAAAUUAUGUUGUAAAGAUAACUUUUUGGGUGGUUCAGUAUUUUAAAAACUCGUUGAUUUGUGAACCAAAUAAUCUAACUGUCCAAUUAAUCUAUUUAAACAAAAAUGUAUCCACUUGAGCAUUGUUUUUUCUUCUUAGACUUAUUCAGAAAUAAUGAAAAAUUUUAAAGAACUUCACUUAAGAGGUAAUCAUGAAGCUUUCAGUUUAAGGAUCUUUCUCAAAAUGUACUUAAGACAACUGUUUUUUUUUUUUUCUCCCAAGUAAAAAAAACACUAAAAAAUUGCUGUGACUUAAAAUUCUACAUGGAGUUGGGUAGUUGAUAUCGUGGAAUAUAUUUAAGAAUUGAAACAUUAAAACAGAAAAUAUUUUGAUUAUAGA